UCUCUCUCUCUCUCACACACACACACACACACACACACAUUACAAGUUACAAGUGCAUAUUGAGUUUCUAGCCUACGACCACCACUCUUUGAGGCAACACAGUUGUGAGCAAGCCAAACAAGGAAAUUUCACAGAGAGAAAAAAAGACCAAGGAAAAGGAAACAUGUGAACAAUAUAAUGUCAGCAUGUAGUGAGUGCCAUGAAAUUAAUAAGCACUGACACAGGAUGGAGAGAGCACUCAAUGGGGUGUGAGAGUGGCUUUUUAAAAGGAAGUUGUCAAGAAAGGACUCUGAGGAAAAGAUUUUGAGCUGAGAUGUAAAUGUUGAGACUCAGUAAUUAAAUUGGAAUUCUAUUAUAUUUAGAUUUCAACUUGGGGAGGAUUAGAAUUUUUAUGUUAUUAAAUUCUUCCCAGCUAAGAACAUGGUCCUUCUUUCCAUUUUUUUGUAUCUUGACUGAUCUUCUUCCAUCCAGGUUUCUAGGUUUCUUCCUAUAGGUCUUACACUUUCUUGUUGCACUUAGGAGUUUUGCUAUUGCCCCUGUGAAAUUUUCCCGUUUCUACUUCUAGCUUGUUUUUGCUAGAAUGGAGAAAAUCUGUCAUAUAGAUCUUCUUUCAUCCAGCCUCCUUUAUAUCAUCUUUCUGUAUCCUCAGAUGUUCCCACCACCCCGGCAUUUGCUUCACACUCAGUAGUAUCUGUCCAUCGAAUGACUGCUGUGCAUUGGAACUGGCAAUGCCUGAAGGCAGACCUCCCCUUUGAAGGGGGAGGAAGAAGCUUUGCGCUUACCUAGGAGAUGAGGGGGCGCAACUUGAUGUCAUCGAAGUUGGGAAAAUGCAUGGAAGCAACCAGAGUAGAGUCUCCGAGUUCCUGCUCCUGGGGAUCUCGGAGAGUCCUGAGCAGCAGCGGAUCCUAUUCUGGAUGUUCCUGUCCAUGUACAUGGUCACAGUGGUGGGAAAUGUGCUCAUCAUCCUGGCCAUCAGCUUUGAUCCCCGCUUGCACACUCCCAUGUACUUCUUCCUGGCCAACCUCUCCUUCACCGACCUCUUCUUCGUCACCAACACAAUCCCCAAGAUGCUGGUGAGCCUUCAGUCUCAGAACAAAGCCAUCUCCUAUGCAGGGUGUCUGACGCAGCUCUACUUCCUCGUCUCCUUGGUGGCCCUGGACAACCUCAUCCUGGCCACAAUGGCCUAUGACCGCUAUGUGGCCAUCUGCCGCCCCCUCCAUUACACCACGGCCAUGAGCCCUGGACUCUGCAUUUUGCUCCUCACCUUGUGUUGGGCACUUUCUGUCCUCUAUGGCCUCACCCACACCCUCCUCAUGACCAGGGUGACCUUCUGUGGUUCCCGGAAGAUCCACUACAUCUUCUGUGAGAUGUAUGUCCUGCUGAGGCUCGCGUGUUCUAACACCCAAGUCAAUCACAUGGUGCUGAUUGCCACAGGCUGCUUUAUCUUCCUUACCCCCUUAGGAUUCAUGAUCAUGUCCUAUGUCCGGAUUGUCAGAACUAUUCUCCAAAUACCCUCAGUGACUGGGAAGUACAAAGCCUUCUCCACCUGUGCCUCACAUUUGGCUGUGGUCUCCCUCUUCUAUGGGACACUUGGUAUGGUAUAUCUGCAGCCCCUCCAAACUUACUCCAUGAAGGACUCAGUAGCCACAGUGAUGUAUGCUGUGGUGACCCCCAUGAUGAACCCUUUCAUCUACAGCCUGAGGAACAAGGACAUGCAUGGGGCUCUGGGAAGACUCCUCCUAGGGAAAGCCUUCCAGAGGUUGACAUGAGGUAAUUUGGGGCAUUGAAGUGGAGACUGGGAAUUUCCUCUACCAUGUGCAAAGCAUUAUCCUAUGGGAGACACAUAAGUGAGUGGGACAUAGCUCCAGCUCAGAAUAAGCUCAUAUAUCUGUGAUGAAGAAAAGACACCUACAUGUAACCCAGAGUUCCCCAGACCUCACCAGCCUUGGUAAUAAAUAAGGUUAUGCUAACAUGAAUAUUAGAAUUUUGCAGGAUCCUGACCAUAGGAUCACAGUGCCAUCCUCCCAGCCUUUCAAAAUAUGCCCAGUUAUGGCCUGGGGAGGGGUGGGUCUCUGGUUUUCUCUAGCACACAUCCACUCAUGGUUCUGAGCUCUGGCCCUCUCUAAGGGGCCUGAUGCCUAUAAGCCACUUGAAGAAGAAGACUUGUACCACUCUAUGGCAGAUGCACUGGGUAGGUUGUCCAUUCCCAGCUCGGCUGGCCACAGCUCUUACUGCUUUAGCGCUAACCCAUAUUCUCUCUGGACACAGACCCUACUGUUCAGGCAAAGCUUGCAGACAAGUGCUUCUCCUCCGCUCUGGGUUGGUUUUCAUCUCUUGGGCUUCAAAGCAAUAGUUGACUGUGUUUCUCCUGCUUUCCUUUUCCCUGUGGGAAGACCUUAACCUUGGGCAGUCCAUCCUGUCCUUUGUUAUUGUGGCUCCUCACUCCAUUGCCUGUCCCAUCUCUCCUGCUUGCUACCACUCUAUCCUUCACUCAGAAUAAAGCUCCCCAGCUUAUCAACACAUGCAUGAACAGGAAUGGCGGUGGAGGCAGUAGAAGGCAGGAGGGAACUGUAAGACUCAAUCUCUACUUAGGCUCCAGCCAUGUAAAAUGCAAUGAAUGGAAACUGAGUAGCAACUGGUAAGUCACUGAACUGUGGCAGUUCCAAAGAAGGAGCAAUCCUUUGCAGAUGAAUCAGUGGAGCCAGAUCAGAUUUUGACAGAUGGGGAAAUGAAUUGAUUUGAGGUUCAAUUCAUUUAACUGAUAAUGAUCGAGUGCCUCUUAGGGGGCUCAAACUGGGUUACAAACAUGAACCAGGAGUUCACAAUAGACGGGAAGAAGAAUAUUUUAAUGCGAUGGCUGAUGGCAGUGGUCAUGCUCUGCGUAGGAGGGUUGAGGGGCACGGAGGAGGAAAGCCUAGCUUGGCUUGUUAGUGAGGGAGGAUUCAGGGAAGGCUUCCUUAGGGGGUUGACAGCUGGCCUGAGACUUAAGUAAUGCCAUGUUAAGAGCUACCCAGGGAAAGCGGGACAAAGUAAGAUCACUGUGACAGAGGAGGGGAAUGGUGUGGACGGGAGUCUUGCUAUCUGCACAGCCAGCCAGCACUCUCGUCCCAGCCUUACCUAUACCUGUGUGGUCAUGGAAGUCACCUCACCUGGCUAAGCCUUGUGUUCUCAUCUUUUUGUUGAGUACGACAGCAUCAUGUCACUCAGAGGGUAGCCGUGAGGAAAAUGAGAUAAUGUGCAAAAGCCCUUAGAGGAAUGCCUGGCCCAUAGCCAGUGCAGUUGUUAUUAAGCAAGAACAGGUGGACAAAGACAGAAAACAGCCCGACAGGUGAGGGGAACGUCUUAGCCGAGUGUCCUGGAUGAACAAGCAGUCGCCAGUGGGAGGGACUUCAGAUGGCCUCAAAUGCCUUGUAGAGGAGCUUGAAAUGAGUCUGCAGACAAUGAGGUAUCAUGGGAUGUUUGUUAGUUCUAACUUUUAUUGUUUUUAUUAAACCAACAGUGUACACUUCUGGCAGAAAUAUUAAAAUCAAAGUAAACCCCAAAUAAUUACCUGUAUUUCUACUGCCCCAAACAGCUAUUUGGUAUAAAUUCAAUUUGGUAUAAAUUCUAAACUUUGACCUCUGGUAAUUAUAUAUAAUCAUAUUUUUUCCUGAAUAAAUUCAAAUUGUCUUGAAA